AUGGUGGACCUGUUCAUCGAUCGGGUCCUGGUGAAGAACAACAAAGAACAUGAUGAGCUGGACACGGAUCGUGAGAUUGUCAUGCAGCUGCAGAACCGUAUCCUGAUGCUCUUCUUCGCCUGCUGCCAGCAGUUUGCUGUCACGCUCAGCGACUUCUUCAAACGGUUGACGGACGAAUUCUAUGUGGAUCGCUCUGCUCAGCUGGUUCUCUUAUACAUCAGUUUGGACGAGUCAGAGGAAGAGCAAGAGAGCUUCCUCAAAGAGCUGCCCAAGAAGUGCCUGUUCCUGGCCUAUGAGGACCCCUACAGGAGGGAGCUGGAGGCCAUGUUUAAUGUGGAGGAGCUGCCCACAGUGGUGGUGCUGCGGCCUGACUGCUCCAUCCUCGCCCCCAACGCAGUGGAGGAGAUCCUGUUCUUUGGCCGGCACUGCUACCGCAACUGGCAGGAGGCGGCGGAACUCAUCGACAGGAACUUCAUGAUCAGUGAGGACUUCGAGGGGAAAUCCAUGCGCAGCUUUAGCGACCCUGUGAGAAGACUCAAGUACAAGGUGGAAGAUGAGAAGAAGAAAAAGAAGAGGAAGAAGGGCAGAGGUUGGGGUAAAGGCCGAGAGGGGGAGGUGGAUGGAGAAGAGGAAGGAGGAGGAGGAGGGACAUGGUGA